AUGGACGAUAUUCUUGUUCUCGACCAGCACCACAUAGGUUCAUCAAGAACCCGGUCCUCAUCCAGUCUCGUUACCGACUCUGCGGCCGGUGCGACUGCGUUCUCGUGUGGGAUGAAAAGCUACAAUGGCGCAAUUUCUGUCCUUCCGGAUAAAUCCCCGUGUGGUACCAUUCUCGAGGCAGCGAAAUUAGCCGGUUAUAUGACUGGUUUAGUCGUAACGACCCGCGUUACUGAUGCUACGCCAGCUUGCUUUGCGUCUCAUGCUAACAUGCGAUCCUACGAAGAUCUCAUUGCUGAGCAGGAAAUCGGGAACUACCCUCUAGGUCGGAUGGUUGAUUUGAUCAUGGGAGGCGGACGAUGUCACUUUAUACCAAACUCAGCAGACGGUAGCUGCCGUCGCGAUGAUAAAGAUGUGGUACAGAUGGCUAAAGCUAAUGGAUUCUCGUACAUUCAUGAUCGGGCGGGAUUCGACAGUCUUCAGAUGGGCAGCAACGUCACUCUACCCUUACUCGGCCUUCUGGCUGCUAAGGACAUUCCCUUCGAAGUGGACCGCAGCCAGAUGACUGAUGUUUACCCUUCUCUUGAAGAUAUGACACGAACAGCCCUAAAGGCCCUGAGUGAAGCUACGAAAGAUAGCGAGAAAGGUUUUUUCAUUAUGAUUGAGGGCUCGAGGAUAGAUCAUGGGGGCCAUGGGAAUGACCCUGUCGCUCAAGUCCACGAAGUUCUAGCUUAUGAUAAAGCUUUUUCUGCGGCGUUAGAGUUCCUUAAGACUGAUUCCACCCCUGGUGUUCUUGUUGCCACAUCAGACCACGAGACAGGCGGCUUGUCUAUUGCAAAACAGCUACAUGCUGAUUACCCCGAGUAUCUCUGGUAUCCUGGUGUUCUCGGAAAUGCGAGCCACUCGUCUGAAUAUCUCGGAAAUGCUCUUGAUCAUUAUCUAGCUAAUGAAGGCAAAAACGCUGAUGAUCUAAACCGCCGUAAUUAUAUCCGCAACAAGCUGCUCGGAGACGGGUUAGGCAUUCAUGAUGCGACGAACGCUGAGGUCCAAAAACUCAUGGACGGUGGUGGAGCCUAUGCUUUUGCCGACAUGGUCAGUCGACGGGCCCAGAUUGGCUGGUCGACGCAUGGCCAUUCAGGUGUCGACGUCAAUAUUUAUGCCUCAUCAGCACACGACGCAAUGCCCCUCGUUGGCAACCAUGAAAAUACCGAGGUCGGCUUAUUUCUCCAGAAAUACCUCUCACUUGAUCUACAUAAUGUCACCAAGCGCUUAAAGGAUACCAAGUCAUCUCCACACGUCAGCGGUGAUGGGAGUGGUAACCUGUACCCCUGGAUGGGCGAGCCGCUGGAUGAUGGUGUUGUCGUCGAUGAACUUGAUAGAUACCAUGGCGAUUUCAAACGAAGGAUACGGGGCGAGAGCGCCGAUCAAUUUUUGCUUGAUCAUGAAGAUCUGGAGAGUGAAGGUUGCAGUUGUGGUUCGACGAAGCACUAG